GACACUGGCUUGUCAUUCAAAGCAUCUCCCUUCCACCAGACCCCAGCUCCUGGGAGCUGCUUGGUCUCUGCAGAGCAAAUGUGGCUGCUCACGUGCAACCUGGUGGCAUCUCAGGAAGAAAUUUCCUUACACCAUGAGCCUGUCAGUGCAAUGCAGCUAAGGUCCAAUCCUGUCUCUCACCAGCCAGAGCUCCCUGGUGCUGUACGGGCUCGUGCUGCUGCGGAACCAGGAGCAGGGCCAGGCUGAUGUACACGGGAGGUGUCUCACCUAGAACCAGUCCCUUCUUUGCCCUUUCAGGUUGGUCCCAAGCCAUCCCCGGAACUGAGGUCCAGCCUGCAGCAGAGCCAGCUUUUCUCUGUGCAUCAUCUCCUGCCUUCCGAAGUCCUGUUGCAUGCUUCAGACAGUUUGUGUGUCUUCAUCCAGGAGCUGGGCUUCCAGGAAGCCUGAUGGCCAAAAAACAAGCUGGAAAUGUGGAUUUGUCAGAACUAUAAUCCAGCAUACAUGUCCGAGGCACAACCCCAGAGGCCAAAGGAAAGCAAGAAUGUUGAAGAAGAUCUACAUAUGCCUCUGCUUCUUCUUUGUCUCGGGUAUUUUGUACGAGAUCUCCUUGCUGUCCGGCUGCUUCUUCUCCUGUAUGCCUAUGCCCAAGCACUUCCUGACACCUGAGCAGGUCCUGAACCUGGGAAAAAGCAUCAUCUUCUUGGAGACGACAGAGCGCCUCGAGCCACCCCCUCUGGUCUCCUGCUCUGUGGAGUCUGCUGCCAGGAUUUACCAGGACCGGCCCGUCAUCCUCUUCAUGAAGGGGCUCACGAACGACACGGUGUUGGACUCAAACUCCAGCUAUGCAGCCUUCUCGCUUUUAUCUUCUAUGAAGAACGUCUUCCUUUUCCCUCUCCAGAUGGAAACCGUCUUCCAGGAGACCCCCCUGCUGCAGUGGUACAACGAGGUAGAUCCAGAGGAGGAGAAGAACUGGGUCCACGUCAGCUCUGAUGCCAGCAGACUGGCUCUCAUUUGGAAGUACGGGGGCAUCUACAUGGACACGGAUGUCAUCUCCAUCAGGCCCAUCCCCGAGGGGAGCUUCUUGGCAGCACAGAAGUCACGGUUCUCCAGCAACGGGAUCUUUGGCUUCCCUGCCCACCACAAAUUUAUUUGGGACUGCAUGGAGAACUUUGUUCUCAAGUACAAUGGGAACAUCUGGGGGAACCAGGGCCCCUUCUUAAUGACAAGGAUGCUCAAAACCAUCUGCAAUCUCACCGAUUUUGAAGGCAUUGAGGACCACAGCUGCCAGAACAUCUCCUUCCUAAACCCACAGCGUUUCUACCCCAUCCCGUACCCAGCCUGGAGCCGGUACUACGACGUAUGGGACAAAAACCCCGAUUUCAACCACUCCUACGCGCUGCACUUGUGGAACUUCAUGAACCGCAACCGGAAGGCUGUGGUCGCUGGCAGCAACACGCUGGCCGAAAAACUGUACAAAACUUACUGCCCCACCACGUAUGAGGACCUGAUCAAAAACGCAGAGCUGAGGGACUUCUCAAGCUACGAGGACUCUGUGUGACGUGUGGUGAGAAGAAGGGGAGUGAUUCUUCCAGACUUCCCUUGUCCCAUGGCCAAAACACAGUCACCGCUGGUGGCAGCAGCUGGGCUCUGCAGGAGAGAGAGACCUUUUCAUAACCACUGUCCCUGCUCCCCCGGACACUAAGGAGCAUAUGCAGAGCGGUGGUGGUUACCCAUCGGACGUAGCCUCCACUGACAUAAGGACACCUUUGCAUGAGUGGUUUAGGAAAUUAGGUUGUUUCCUCAUAGGUGCUCAGAAACCAAACCUUACUUAGUCAAACGGACGUGUGGGCCUUUCUGGUGAGCUUUCUUGAGGGGGAAGGUUCCUGAAGAGUUGUGUUGGCCACUUGAGAGGGAUUUCAAAUGUACCUCUUGGCAUUACUGGCAGCUACAAGUGUGAGGAGUUGCAGACACAAUGGGCCUUGGACUGGGCUGAGGGCUCUGAGCAAGUGUAAUGCGAGCGUAUAGCAGAGGAUGGACGACAGUCAUUGCUGAUGAAAAGUAGCCCAAACUACUGUCUUCAUUAAUCUGUGUGUUUUUCUCACGUGAACUUUAUACCCUACGUUUUCGAGAGGGACCUAUCACUGCAAGUGAAAAUAAAAUGGGUAGUAAUCCACCACUCCUUCGAGCUUGCUUUCGCCUGGAAAAGUCCUCCUCCUUUUAAGGAUGUUUGCAGUCCUGCACCUCUACUUUGGCUCCUUUCAGGAAGGGGCUGCCUGUGCCCAGCCCUGGGGUCAGUUCUGGCCACAAGGUGUUGCCUCCUGAAGGGGAGGUGCUGGGGCACCAAGAACUGAUGGCACCAGCCUGCAGGGACUCCCAGGUCCCACUGAAAUCAGUGGAUUUCAGCUGCCCUGAAAAUGGGGCACAGCAGCUCCAGAAAAGUCCUUUCUGGAGGCUUUAGGAAGGUCACCCAUCUCCAGACAUGUCGCCUGCUUUUGCUUUCCCUCUCCAUUCUGUGAGAUUUUGCAGUGCCUGUUGCA